CCACGAUUGCAUGGGAUCUCGUGCGGACAAACAUCCUCUCAGACAUCGAUCGCGCAUCGGUGCCUUAGGCUGCAGCUUCCUUCUUUCACACUUCUCCAAGUCGAAUUUUGCAUCUCACCACUUUCACGUGAAAACCCAUGCGAUGAUCCGCUAACCAUAAAGGGCUAGUCAUCUCUUCCCCAGAGUCCAUGUGUCAGACCGUCGAACCUCGGUCACUCCACCAAACACGGUAAGCAUCGUAACAUUUCUAGAUCCUCAUUACAACUCAUUGUUUCUUGCUCUGAAUUUCAACAAUAUGGAGCCACUGCGAUCAACCUCGCGCUCACGUCGCUCCUAUCCGAACCUCCACAAUCUCUCCAUAGCCCCUCUCAGCGCCAAAUACCCUCUCGAUGCAUCCGUACCGCCUUCACCCGACGAACCAGGGACGCGCACCCCUCGAACAUCAUACAUCGCGCAAAAGUCAGCGCCGGCAACACCGGGUGUAUUAAGUCUUAGUCAGAGCCGCAGCAGUUCGCGGCAGCGUCCCAAGAAAGCAUAUGCGUACGAGAGUUAUUUCGUCAAUCCCCAUUCCGAGGUUCGCGAAGUCGGAGACAUACCAAAAGCAAAGAGUACAAGCGUUCUGCAUCUGGGUGUCAGUUUUGCAGACGAUGUACUAGGUGUAGAUACUGGGAAGAAGAGACAUCAUACACGGAAAGGCACAGCACCCUUGCCCUUACACUCUCCUCUCGUGAAGCACCAUACCAGAGAGUCAAACGAAGAGUGGCUGCACCGCGCUGGCUUAGCAAUCGCUGGCGAGACAAGGGAUAGCAAGGGUCAGGGUUGGCUUGUGAGACGAGAAAGCUCUACCAGUCUGGUUGGACAGAGUGACCAAUACGAACAACAUGCUUCACACGACGAUCGCCGUAUGGCUCUACUCUCUGGCGAACACCUUGGUGACUCGGAUUUCCCCACCUUCUUCUCGCCACGCAUGUCUAGAGUAGGAAGUCGCGUAGGCUCUCGCGUACCCAGCGCACGGCAGAGUCGACGAGGUAGUAGAGCAGGUAGUCGAGUCGAUCUAAUCAUGUCGGCGGGAUCGAAACCGCAAUCGGGAAGAGCCAGCUUCGAGAUCUCAGAGCUAGAUGAGCGCUUUAUUGAGCCUGAUUUCAUCGAAGCAGAUGAGGAGAGCGACGGCGAUGAAGAAGAAGUCGCUCGUCUGGCGCGCGAACGCGGGUUUGGGCUUGGAAGUUGGAUGGAUCGUCUCAUUGGUUGGACAUUGUUUUCGGUUGAAGAAGAUAGAGAAGGCUCCGACGACGAGGACGUGGAAGAGGAUAGAAGCUUGCGACUGGAUAACCUCACCACAGAGGAGCUGAAACUACGUCGCGAAGUCGAAUCCAAGCGACGCAAGCUCGAACGAGAAGCGAUCAUCGCUGCGUCAGCUCUGCGUGGACAAGGCGAUGCGACCACUACGGAUACAGAUAGCAGACCAACCACUGGGGAAUCUCAACGUACUGCGGCUAAUGAAGAGGUCGGCGGUUGGCAAGAUGCUGCAUGGCUACUAAGCGUUGCUUCUAAAGCUUUGUUCUGAUUACGAUCACUUAGACAAUCCAUGAUUAUAAUCGCACUACAGAAAACUGUGAGUGCUCGAGAGAAGGAAUUCUUUCCGCCGACAUUUGUUCACAGCGCAUCAAGCUCGUCCGUCCAAUUUGUCCUACCCAACCUUCAGACCGUUAUCCACCGCCUCUUGCCCGUCUGACAUACUCGGUGGUCUAUCCUCCAUCUUCGUACCCCAAUCACUCUCCGUAUCCCCCAGCACGAGCUCCAACGUCCAACCCUGUGUGAAGAACUCAUGUCCAAUCCAAUUCUUU